CCUUUUUUCUAACAACAAUCUGCUGGACUUAGUUCAAUUUCCGGCAGUGCCGAAUCAAAAUCAAUCAGUGGCAACGUUAUCUACGCAUAUUCCGCGGUAAUGACUUCACAGCCGUUUUGUUUGUACCCCUCUCCGCCGUCCUCGUCAUUCCGCACAACCACUUUAGCACUCAAUCAGUGCUGGCCAGAAUAUGCGCUAGACCUGCACUCAUGAAUGAUUUCACAGCCACAAAGAUAGGACCAUUACACAACGUUACGAAGUAGUAGUGAAAUGACUGCUAAUCUGUCGUCAUUUCCAAAAUUUCUUCCUAUAAAAUGCUAAACCAGCCGGUCCAGUAUCAUUCAGUUGGUUGCAGGUUUAGCGUCUUCGCAAGUAUUUUGGAACAUGGAACUCUACAGUGACAUCAUUUCACCGCCGUGCCAGAAUGUGCUGCUUGUAGCAAAAAAGUUGGGGAUUUCGCUUAACGUUAAACGAUCGGACCUCGACGAUGCUGCUGAUGUAGCUGCACUGACGAAGCUCAAUCCGCAACAUACGAUCCCAACAUUCGUGGACGAUGGACAUGUGAUCUGGGAGUCGUACGCAAUUGCCAUCUACCUAGUGGAAAAUUAUGGCAAAGAUGACAAGCUGUACCCGAAAGAUCCAAAAGUACGAUCGGUCGUUAACCAGCGUCUAUUUUUCGACAUUGGAACACUCUACAAAAACGUGCUUGCCUGUAUUGAUGCUAAAAUUGACGAAAAGAAGGUGCCUGAGAAGGUUCAGGGAAAACUACAGGCUGCUCUCGAUCUUACGGAACAGUUCGUCACUGAACGAUCGUUUAUUGCUGCUGAUCAUCUAACGCUUGCGGAUAUAUUUGUGCUUGGCAGCAUCACUACACUCGAAUGGUUAAAGUACGACCUGGAACGUUAUCCUGGCAUUAGAGGUUGGGUUAAGAAAGUGUCGGCAGAAUUUUCGGAUUAUGAUGACUUUCACAAGGAGAUUAGAGAAGGCACCAAAAAAUACAUUGCAGCUCAUGCUCUAGAUUUGGAGUACUAAAUAAAAUCCACAAAGUUGUAACCAUGGGAAAAUGGUUCUAAAGAAAA